AGAGACGGUUUUGAAGAGGGGACUGAGGGCUUUCCUCCAGAAGAACCCUUUUAUUCUCAAAGGGAGUUCUAUGAUUGUGAUCCUCAAACUAUGAUUGACCAACUCACACCGAUAAGUGAAGGACUCUUCAACCUGAAAAUCAACCAACUGGGCAAACUGCUAAUCAUAUUAAGCGCAUGUAUUCUAUCGCUUGCUAGUACAGUAAUAACAAUUUACACCCUAUUAACAAAGAUAACUGCAAUCACAGACUUGCUUCAAGAGACUCACAGUCUGAUAAGGAUUGCAAAAUCGAAGAAUUUCAUAAUCUUGGAACUGGUUGUCGCAUUCACUAUACAGUUACCUAUGGUGUACCGAGAAGACCACGAGCCUUUGAUAAAUACGGUGCAUUAUGUAUUCAGUUUGAUUAUAGACUUGAUUAUAUGUUACGUUGCGAUUGCUCUUCAACUGAAUGUGAGGUCAAUUCAUGAGGAUGUCAUCAAAACCUAUCAACAACUGAGUCAAGCUGGAUCAAACCAAGAUGCAGCUGAUUUCCGGUUAUAUGCUGAUGAAUUGAACCCUAGAAAAACAGAACUUAUUGAGACAAAUAUGAAUACUGGAGCUUUCAAUAAGCAUAGACAAAAUCAUCGUCUUUUGCAGUUGAUUAUGUUGAAGACAAGCAACUGUUUUGGUUCAUCUCUACUACUCAUAUUGUUCACAACACGUUAUUUGUUUGCGUUUCAUCUGUAUAAUUGGAUAUCGAGUGAUUAUCCUGUUAUAGAGCUGGUCAGGAGUGCGUUGAGUUUUGUUCGAAUGCUGCACCUUUGUUAUCGUAUUGAAAAACUGCAAACAGAGAACAAAGCUAUCCUGGACACUGUUAAUGAAUUCGACCCUAUUUCAUUGGAACAUCAUUCAAAAAUUGAGCCAAAUAGACUAAAAACUGGGACGUGA